CUGCUACCUCCUCUUUUUCAGCAGCCCAUUGUCACAGACUGGAACACACACUGUACUGGAACUUACUGGCCCACUGCUGUGAUGAGUGGCUCAGGGCUCAAUUUGAGUGAUACCAGUAGCCAGAGCAGCACUGAGCUCCAAAAGAGCUGAGCCUUUCAACACACCCUGUUUCCCAGGGGUCACACUCAAUCAGGAAUUCUGCUUUGGGACUUACCUCCCCCAAAACACAGUCCUUGCCUUCCCGAGUGUCCUCACCAGCAUCCCAACUGUAAAUCAAAUGGGGAAACUGGCAGAAGGAUGGGGAGAGCACGGGUUCAUCACGGAGACAUUGCCAACACGAAAAAUAUCAUUGUCUUUAAUUCCGUGGUCUGUGUUGUGGUUUGUGGAUCUUACACAGCAAGAAUUGGCACAGGACUGCCCUGCCAGGUCUCCUAUUUUAUUCACCUGGCACCAGCGACACUGCUUGGCCCCUGGAAUCCAGGCAGGAGGUGAUUCCAAAGGAAUUUGGAAAUCCCUUCACAGCACAUCACCUGCACUGCAGCUGCAUCAAGGGCAGCUCACACACCUUCACCACUGCAGGGGUAUGUCCAAGGCACAAGGACAGCAGCUGUGGAAGGUGCAAGAGGCCAUUCCUUCCUUGGAUAGACUCAGUCCAGUGGCUUUUCUAGGAUUCACAUGGAUCAACACACCAGAAACCCAUUCCCAUGUGGCUUGAGGUACCAGGGAAGGCUCGUCUGGCUUCAUUUCAGUACUCCUGGGAUACAGCACAGCCUCUCUCACGUCAGCCAGAAUAAUAAUUCAUUGUCAGAAGCAGCAGCACAGCAGGUACUGCAGGUCUCCCCCGCCCCCGUGGCUGUGGACAUGGUGGUCCUGCGGGCUGGGCUCUGCCCUGGUCUCACCGAAGAGAUGAUCCAGCUGCUCAGGGCGAAUGGCAUCAGGACAGUGGUGGACUUUGUGUCGUCGGACCUGGAGGAUGUUGCCCAGAAGUGUUCCCUGUCUUACAAGGCGCUGGUUGCAGUGAGACGUGUGCUCCUGGCCCAGUUCUCUGCCUUCCCUGCCAAUGGAGCAGACCUGUAUGAGGAGCUCAAGAGCUCCACGGCCAUCCUGCCCACUGGGAACCCAAGCCUGGACCAGCUGCUGGACUCUGGGCUGUACACGGGGGAAGUGACGGAGCUCAUGGGAGCACCGGGCAGUGGGAAGACGCAGGUGUGUCUGGGCAUUGCAGCCAGUGUGUCUCUCAGCCUCAAGCAGCACGUCCUGUUUCUCGACUCCACGGGGGGUUUCAUUGCCUCCCGUCUCUACCAGAUGCUGCAAGCACAGACAGAGGAUGAGGAAGAGCAGCUGGAGGCUCUGCAGCGGAUCCAGGUGGCCCGUGUGUUCCAUGUCUAUGAGAUGCUGAGUGCCUUGCAGGAGCUGCGGGAUCGCCUCUCCCAGCAGGUCAUGAGCUCCACGGGGCCUCUCAAGAUCGUGGUGAUCGACUCGGUGUCGGCUGUGAUUUACCCACUGCUGGGUGGCAGGCAGUCAGAGGGUCUGGCCAUCAUGAUGCAGCUGUCCAGGGAGCUGAAGACACUGGCCAGGGAGUUCAGCCUUGCUGUUGUGGUGACCAACCAGGUGACAAGGGACAGCAGCACUGGCCCACUGAAGCCAGCCCUUGGCCGCUCCUGGAGCUUCGUGCCCAGCACUCGGGUGCUGCUGGAGAGCAAAGAAGCCUCCUGGGACAAAGGCACGACCCGGCGCGUGGCUGCCCUGGCAAAGUCACCCCGCCAGCCAACAGGGUUACAGGUGGAGCUGGACAUUGGAAAUGGUGAUAUGCCAGAGCCGAGCCCUGUGACGCCCACACAGGGGCUCUGAUGUGAUGGAAAAGCAAACGUCAAGGUCCAAGAGAGCUGCACAAAAGCAGGCAAGCACACUGAAGGUUUUACAGACCCACUCUGAGGGUCCUACAGCCCUGGACCAACAUGAAGAACCUCUUGUUCUUCAGCCUGGGGGGAGAAACUGAGCUUGGGGUUCCCCAGAGAUCUCUGUGCUCAGCAGGCGCUGCCUGCAGUGGCUGGGCUGUGUGAGCAGCACAACAGCCAGCUCCUGUCCUCUGCUGCAGGCUUAUCUUCACCCUGCAGAGCCAGCCCUGUCUUCAGGUGUUGGCUGGGGACCAGCUGGCUUGUCCCUGUACAAACCCAUGACUCCCUGUGGUGGUUUUGUUCCCCCCAUGACUCGCUGCCCUCUGGACCUGGAGCUCUGAUUGUCCUUGGGCAGCUCACAGCGGUCUCGGUUCAGAAAUAAAAGGAAAAAGCUGUUGCA